AAUUUUAUUUUUAACUCGGCAUAUAUUGAACGUACAACGUAAUAUGAAUUUCUGUGUGCACACAAUCGUGUAAAGGCAGAUCAGUGUUAUGCAAGUUAUAAUAGCAAUUUACAGAUGAUAUGUAACUUAAAAAAGGAUUGACGGUAAAUGUGUUUCAUUGUCGAUGUAUUCAGAUAGCUUCAUAUCGUGAUCUCUUAGUUUUAUCUUGUCUGCAUGAUGUGCAAAGGUAACGACAAGCGGAGCGAGCGAUAUGAAGACGAGCUGAACGAGAAGAUUGCAAACCUUGGAAUACUGACUUUAUUUGUAGAAGAAAGUUCAACCAUUCACAUUUUGAAUUUAAAACGAUUGUAUCAGUCGAUCUCCUAUAAUAUAUAUAGCGGUUGAUUGAAUCAGCAGCAAAGAAAAGAAAAUGGACUAAGAUAUUACAGCCUUAUAAUCGCCACACAUUCCGACUCAUCUUUGCACAUGUUUCUCAACGUGUGACGGAUGCUUUUCGAUCACAAGGAAAGCGAAAGUGAAAAACAACCCCAUCUAGUCAUAUUUGGCUGGUCGGCGCCAUAAUUAGGGAGCUUACUCUGUGUUAACGUACUUUGCGGAAUAUAUAGACAACGGGAAUUUUUUUUUCUCCGUUUGGUGCUAGGGAACAUGGCGGUAUACCGGUAGUGUGACCUACUAGAUCUAGCUUCCUUAAUAGUCGCCUCUUAUGGAGACUAAUGCCAGAAAUCUUAAAAAGUUGUGAAUAAUGCUAUCCUUGUUUCGGAACAAGUUUCACAGUUUUAGAGGAGACGCAAACCAGGAUUCUCGACGCAGAAGAGCGAUGUCUGCUGGUUCAGAUCCCCGCACCCGUCCUCUGCGCUUAGCGUACAGGCGGCCAGAAUUUUUACAGCAAACACCGGCCGAACUGAGAGCAUCAACAGACACUUCAGUGCGUCCUAUAGUCGAACCCAAACAUGUAAACGCCCUGCCUUUGAAAGCUGGAUAUGCCGAAUGUACGAAUGCUGGAAAAUCUGAUUUUAACGAAGACCAGGCAGCUGCAGGGGAAAUAAUUCUUACCUCAAAGCCAGUUUCUGGCCAGGAAAAUCAGCCAGAUGCAAGUAUUAGGUCUUCAAGCUUACGUGUGGUUUAUUAUGGAUUGUUUGAUGGGCAUGCGGGAACUGGUGCAGCACUUAUGGCAGCAAAUCAGCUGAUCAUCCAUCUGCAGGAAAAGCUUGUGGAGAUUAAGGAUGACGUCUUCCAUUAUGCACGAGGAGGAAAGAUUCCGAUCCUUAUGCCAUCAACUGUUACAGUUGACAGUCUUGUUACAGGUGCUUUGGAAGCUGCAUUCUUCGCUAUGGAUCAGCAGAUUGAAAGAGAAAGCAAACUGUUCAACAUUUCAGGAGGCUGCACAGCACUUCUUGCUCUGUUCUUUUUGGGGAAACUUUAUGUUGCAAAUGCUGGUGAUUGCAGAGCUGUAAUAUACUUUGGAGAUCAAGUAAAGCCAGUGUCAACAGAAUUCACACCUGAGCAGGAAGCUCAAAGGAUUCAAUACUUGGGGUUUUUGCGUCCAGAUCUGCUAGGUAAAAAUUACACUUACAACUGCUUUGCCAGACAUCUAAGUCGCAAAGACAUUGGGAAAAAGGUUCUGUGUCGUGGACCUAUGAAUAAUGGCUGGCAUUUUAAAGAAAUAACAGAAGAUGAUGUUAAACCUCAACUUAUCACAGGCGAGGGAAAACGGGCACGUCUCAUGGGUACCAUUGGUGUGAGCAGAGGCUUUGGCGAUCACAGUCUUCUUGCACAUGGUGAUGAGACUAGAAUCAAGCCUUUUUUAUCAUGCAUUCCAGAGGUACAAGUCUUUGACCUAGGAGAACAUCAGCUGACAGAAGAUGAUGUGUUAGUCAUGGGCUCUGAUGGAUUGUGGGAUAUGACCACAAGCGAAAAGAUUGGAAGCCUUGUGAAGAAGACUCUGGCCACUCGCUCUUUGAGUGAGCUGGAUGACCGAAUAUAUACAAGAGUGGCCAGGGCUGUGAUACAGCAUUCUAGAGGAGAGAGCGUAUCUGGUGGCUGGCUACAAGACUGCGGUCGUGAAGCUUCCUUUGAUGACAUCAGUGCCUUUGUGAUCCCUUUAAAUGAGACCUACCAGGUUUCACAGCUUAAGUUUCAGGGAAGCCAAGAGUUAAAGGAAGCAGUUGAAAAUGAAUAGUAAUUUUGUUUUUGUGCAUUAUCACAAAGUGUUUGGUCAUAACGCUUGAGACUGCUCAACUACAGUGGUGUAUUAACUACACGUGUGCAUUAUGAAUGAAGUUUGUGUCUGGAUGGCAUAGCAGCUGUCACAACACCACUGCCCUCUGUUGAUGAUUUCUUGAAGCUUUCAUGAUUGAUUCUCAUCAAAGCAGAAAUGUAUCUCUAUCAGCUAAGAAUGAAUUUUUCCCUCUGUAUGAUCAUUUUGGCAUUUGUCUUAUUUGUGCCUUAUUUAUUCCUAUAGUUGUAACUGUUUAAUUAGUUAAAAAAAAUCACAGCAUAUUCUUUUCACUCUCAAGAGCUUUUAUAUUCUCCUUAUGAGUCAAGUAUUUUUGAUGGGAGUGAAAAAGGCUUUGAUGAAUACUCAUUAGUUGACUGUGUGGUCAAUUUGUUGUUUGAUUGAUUCAGAUAAAAACUGUGUCAGUACAAUUUAGACUACAGCAUUUGGUCUGAAUUAAUUCAAGUGUCGUUAUUCCUUCAAGUCAGUAAUAUUCUUGUUAGAUAUUGAGCAAGAAUUUUUAGUAUAGAUUUUAUGCACACCUGGUUCUGAAGUAAACCAAGAGUAUUCAGAUUACAGAAUAAUCUCAUGGCUAUAAAGUGGAAAGAAAGUAUAAUUUAUUUAUCAAAAGUGCUCAAACAAAAGUGCAUUCUGCCAGAGAAGGGUUUAAUCCUGGCAUCUCAUAUCAAUGGUGGAAAGCCAAUAACAAUCUGACUCUCCUUCAAUCAGCAGCACUGUCUGUCAUGACCUGCAGAUCUGUCCUACUAGAGAAAGGCAGCAUAUUUUACUGGUCUAAUUGCUAAUAAGGUGUUGGGACUUUCUGCUGUGCUGUCAGAUCCUAAUAGUAUGGUGCCAUCCACACCGAUAGUAAGCCACAGAUCCUGUUCAUUCACUAUUAAUUUGAAACAGGUCUGUCAGACAGAUCAAUGGUGUUAACAUUAGAGAUCAGAGCUAGUCACCUUGAUUUCUUUGCUUUCCUAGAAUCAUAUUGUAGUUGUAAGCUCAGUACUUAUGCUGCAAAAAUCUUGUCGAUGUUAUAGUGGUAUUUUACUGUUUCCACUUACACAGUUGAACUUGGAUCUUUCCCAAUGAGAAAUAGAUUCAAAAUGAAGUUGACAUUCCAUUGUACUGCAUAAUUUCCCUUAAAUGUGUUCAGCAUACCUUUUUGUGAACACACACUUUGUUCACAACAGUGCAAUUUCCCUUCCCCUUUCUGUGUGUAUGUGUGUGUGCAUAAAUGCACACAUUAUGUGGACAUUUAUUUCCAAGUGCUUGUGCAAAUUGCUUUUGUUCCAUGCAUAAAUACCAUGAAGUACUUGCCUGUUGGAAAAUGAGGGUUUUUCCCCUUUUGCAACACGCCUUAUAAAUGUUAUUUUAUUUAAUAUUUUUGUAUCAAUUCAUUCGUCAUGUUUUAUAGACUGUACAAUUUUUCUUGGGACCAGGUGUAACAUUCAUCAUAAAAGGUAGUAAUUAUGAAGCUUUAAAUGAUAGAUAAUAAAUUUUAAAGGCUCAAAAUUUUCAGAUUAAUGGAUAUGGAAAAAAUGUGCACAACUAUGUGUAUAUAUACAGUAUAUUAUGGGUUUUUUAUAAAUAACUAGUAUAAUAACUGUUACUAUGCUGUAUCUUUUGUGAGUAUAAAUUUAAAAAAAUUAUUUCACAUAUUUUCUUUUUAAGAAUUUCUCCAAUCAGACUCUCCCAACAUGAGAGUUUAAAAUUCUGCAUAACAAAAUAUAUUUGAGCAUGUGAUUGCUUGUAUGGGUGUGUGCACGUGAAAGACAUUAAAAGGCCAUGGGUCAGAUUAAACCACAUUCUUAUUACGAUCUCAGGAUGGGUGAGGUGGCUGUGUAUUAGGGUUUAAAGGGGUUUCACAGAUUAUAUGAUGUAUAUGAUCAAGCAUUUAUAAUCCAUUCACCACUUUCAAACUUUUGUUUUGAGGCUUAUGAAUAUUCUCCUCCUGUAAUUUUGUUUAUAUGCAUUACUUUUAUUUAUGCGUGCUUACUUUUUUAUGUUACUUUUCUGUUAUGUUGAGCUUAUUGCAUGCAGGAAAAUGCAUUGCACAAGUGCUUUAUUGCUGUUGUUCGUGUAUGUAAAAAAAGAGAGAAAGAGGGAGUAAAAGGAGAGGUGCUCACUCUUCAAUACAAAUUCCUUUCUUACAUUAACAUCUUUAUUCAAAUACUACAUUUUUGUAUGAUUGCUGAAUUGCGAAUCUAGUGAAGCUGCAUAAAUAUUUUUGUACGAUUACUCUGGAAUCUGUUACUGUUUGUUAUCUUACUUAUUAUUUCACAUCAUUCAUUGCUGUGGUGGAAUCUGGAAGACUUCGAGCAAUAUUUGUUGAAAAGUUUUCUCCUCUGCUCCUAUCAUUUGAGGCAGCAUAGUAAAACUUUGUGUGCUUGCAAUUUUUUCAGAUUUGUUUUCAUCUGGAAACAAUGUCAAAGAUAGCCGUUGUAAAUAUGGUUAUUAAUGUCCUCUACUAUUCACAAAGUCAAAAUAGUUAUACAGAUCAUGGUAACAGUCUGGUAGUCACAAUCGAUAAUACUAAAAAGGACUUUUAGAACUUAAAUGUGAACAGAAUAGCUUACAUCAAAUAUGAACCACCUGAAAAUUGAUUACAAUGCAAUUAAUAACUUAUUACAAUGUUUUAGACCUGAAAUACAUACUGUAUGUUACUGUCCUUUAUUUUUGUUAAUGAACCCUUGGCAUAUUUACAGUAUUUUUUGUCUUUCUCAAGAUUGUUAUUUCAGUAUUCAAAUAAUGUAUCUAAACAGCAGUCUGAUGAAACUCUAGUCUGUGAUAUAAAUAAAUCAAGAUUGUUUCACUCAUGGUGCAAGGCAUUUUUCUUUUGUUAUUCCACCUGAGGGGAAGUGGAAAACUGAGUGGUUAUAGUACUGGUGUCUGAAAUAGGAGGUGCACCAGUUUGAUACCCAUGUAGCACACCAAACAUUCCCCUGGCAACUCUGCUGUCGGGAACGGGUACCUGAUUCUACCUAGGGUUGGGGAAGAUAAGACAUUGAGGGAAGAAGAGAUGAGUACCACUCUUAUAUAAAGCUGGGUUUCAGAAAAGUGAUGUCCCUCCCCAAGGUUAGGGGACCACCUUUAACUAUUCCACAAUAUUUGGGUUUUAAAUAUGUUUCUUGGUGUUUGCUUUGAUUGAAUGUUUCUUUGCAGUCACAAAAAUGCAUAAUAUGUCAGCACUUCUCUGUACAAGAGUUGUAUAAUUAUUAAAAAAGAUAAUCUGUUACUUUCAUACCAAGAUGGUAGAGUGCCCUCUCUUUGUGAUCACUUGCUCCCGGUCAUGCCAUUCCUUGUAUUUAUCAAAAUUCUUGCUUUACUGCUGUUGUGGUGCCAAGUCAAAAAUGUCUCAAUUGGAAGAUUAUCUUAUGUUAACACAUAAUGAAAUGUUGAAAAUUUGUUGAACCCUUCUUGUUAAUAUUCAUAUUUGUGGUAUUGAUGCAUUAGUUAUAGUUUAAAAUAUCAUUAAACUUUAUAAUGAUCAGA